AUGUCGCUCUUCAGAAUUGGAGGUGCUGCUGGCCUCCGGGCGACCCGCCUGGUCGCUCCCGUCAAUGCCCGCUUUGCCUCCAAUGGUGCCCGGGGCACUCAGGCUCCUGUCAAGACCAACCCGUCCGAGGCUCCUACCUCGACCUACUCCAGCAGCUCCUUGAUCAACAAGGAAGGCCCUGCUGAGGCGAUGACCCAUCAUCAGCCGGACUACGAUGCAACCAUUGACCACGGCACUUCAAAUUUCUCUCCGGUGCCCAAGCGCGUUAUGGAUGGCUCUGAGCCCGGUAACUCCCUGCCCGCUGCCGUUCUCUCCGGAGCCCCUACCGACCUUCAGGCCCGCACUGUCCGUAUCUACCGUCCCACAAAGGCCGCUACUCAAUCUGGCCACUGGCACGGUCACCACUGGCGUAUGGACUGGGAUAUCCUGCAGAAGGGCCACCGGUGGGAGAAUCCCCUGAUGGGCUGGCAGUCGUCUGCCGAUGCCAUGCAAGGCACCAAUCUCAAGUUCAAGUCGAAGGAGGACGCCAUUGCCUUUGCUCAGAAGCAGGGAUACGAAUACUUUGUCCAGGAGCCAAACGAGCGCCGGUUCGUGCCCAAGGCUUAUGCCAACAACUUCGUCCACGAGUCUAGGAAGCUCAAGCACAUCAAGACCAAAUGA